ACAGAGGAAGAAAACAGGGGAUUUUGUUACAAUGGCAGUAGAACCAUUGGGGAAUUUUGAAAUGGAAAGGAGAUUUGAAGGUGAUGAUUGUGAUGAUGCUAAGAAGAUGAGCAAAAAGAGCUUAAAUGAAUCCAAGAAGUUAUGGGAAAUAGCUGCUCCUGCCAUUAUCACCGCGGUUUCUCAGUUCUCCAUUGGAUUUGUCAGCAUUGCAUUCGUUGGACAUCUUGGUUCUCUAGAGCUAGCAGCCAUCUCUGUUGUUCAGAAUGUUGUUGAAGGUUUUGUUUUUGGAAUUAUGUUAGGGAUGGGAAGUGCUCUUGAGACACUUUGUGGACAAGCUGUUGGAGCAGGACAAUUUGAUAUGCUGGGCGUAAAUCUACAAAGAUCAUGUGUGAUUACUCUAGCGACAGCGUUGUUAUUGACACCUUUUUAUGUAUUCACAUCACAAAUAUUGAAGCUACUACAUCAGGACAAAGAAAUUUCAGAAGUUGCAGGAAAGUACGCUAUUUGGGUGAUUCCUCAACUCUAUGCUUACGCGUUGAACUUUCCUGUUCAGAAGUUCUUACAAGCUCAAAGCAAAAUAUGGGUUAUGACAGUAAUCAAUAUUGUCAUAUUGGUAUUUCAUAUUGUAUUGAAUUGGGUGCUGGUGACAAAGCUCGGACAUGGCCUUUUUGGUGCUGCUAUGGCAGGGAACGUCUCGUGGUGGCUCGUGGUUUUAGCUCAGAUUUUCUAUGUUAUUGCUGGGUUUUUUCCUGAAUCAUGGACUGGAUUUUCUAUGUUAGCUUUCAAAUCUCUCUGGAGUUUUGUUAAAUUAUCACUUGCAUCAGCUGUCAUGUUAUG